AUGGAUGUUAUGGAGGGCAGUUUGACUUCACACCUGCACACUCUUAUUUCCAGUCCGGGGUGUUUAGGAGAGGGGGAAGUGGGAGGAUAUUUGUCUUACUCCGCUGCACUGCGUCCGGCUUCUUGUCUGGAUCCUGGCCAGAUGGGGAGGGAGCAGUUCCUGGCGAUUUCUUGGAGGGAUUUGGGGGAGGAGGGGAGAUUCUGCGGAACUGAAGUCCGGCAAAAAGGCGCAAACAUGACGACUGAGAUGACCCAGCCACAUCUGGACCCGUCUCUCUCCGUGCACUCCUGUCCAGCUGCCGGGGCUUUGGGUUCAGCUGUGGUCAGCGCACAGCCAGUGAUGGAGAGCGCCCGUGAUAAAGGGAAAAAGGCAAAUUCAGGACUGAGGCGCCCUGAAAAGCCCCCUUACUCGUACAUCGCCCUGAUCGUGAUGGCGAUACAGAGCUCACCUGCUAAGAGGCUGACUCUAAGCGAGAUCUAUCAGUUCCUGCAGGCCCGCUUCCCCUUCUUCAGGGGAGCAUACCAGGGGUGGAAGAAUUCUGUCAGACACAAUUUAUCUCUGAACGAGUGCUUCAUAAAGCUGCCAAAGGGUCUGGGCAGACCUGGCAAAGGGCACUACUGGACCAUCGACCCGCACAGCGAGUUUAUGUUCGAGGAUGGCUCCUUUCGCCGCAGACCCCGAGGUUUCCGCAGGAAAUGCCAGGGUUUGAAGCCGAUGUACAGGAUGAUGAACGGCAUCGGGUUCGGCGCGUCCAUGCUGCCACAGAACUUCGAUUUCCAAUCCCCCCCGGGCUCCUUGUCGUGUCACAACGGCUACAACUUGGACUUGAUGGGUAACGCGGUUCCAGGUGGGUUCGAGGGACUCGGAGGAGGGCAGCAUGGGUCACACGCGUCAUCCAGCCCCGGGUCAUCCUACAUGUCCGCGUGCCAGGCUGCCUCGAACGCAGACUAUUGCGCGGACAGCAGGAGCAGCCCGUCGCAGUCCUCCCCGGUGGUGGCAGGGGCCUUGGACUGUCAGCCCCCGUACGCCAACACGGCCUCCCACUGGACUUCAUCUGGCCUGUCCUCAUACAUCAAACAGCAGUCCGUGGCAUCCAGCAGCAGCUCCUCAGCCGUGCACACGGGAGUACCAUCUUACUCUUUGGAUCAAGGAUACCUGCACCAUAACGCACGAGAUUCCUCUGACAUUUCAGUGGGGUUGUCUCGAUACUCCAGCCACUCUUCUGCUCCUGUGCGUGACAGGAAGGAAUUCCUCUUAAACCUAAACGGAAUCUCCUCUUUCCAUCCCAACACCGGCGGGUCUUACUAUCACCAGCUUCAGCAGCACCAUCAGAGCAUCUAUCAGGACGUAAAGCCGUGCGUGAUCCUUGAGUGUGGUCAGCAGCUCCCUACUCUCUAUGCAUGGCCUGACUUCCCAUUGGACGACCCGUGCGCUUUUGGAGGAGGAGCUACACUGGCAGCCAAAAGGACGAAAGAAUUCAACUGCGCAAAAGUCAUGAUCAAAAGCGAAAAAAAAAACAUGCAGGCUCGCUACUCCGUCUCCAGCCCGAACUCGCUGGGCGUCGUGCCGUACAUCAGCAGCGACCCCAGCUACUACCGGGCCGCGGCCGGGGGGGGUUACACGGGGAUGCCCGCGCCCAUGAACAUGUACUCCCACGCGGCUCACGACCAGUACCCCGCCAGCAUGGCCCGCGCGUACGGACCAUACACCCCGCAGCCGCAGCCCAAGGAUAUGGUCAAACCUCCCUACAGCUACAUCGCGCUCAUCACCAUGGCCAUCCAGAACUCGCCAGACAAAAAGGUCACCCUGAACGGGAUUUACCAAUUCAUCAUGGAGAGGUUUCCCUUUUACCGAGACAACAAGCAGGGCUGGCAGAACAGCAUCAGGCACAACCUGUCCCUGAAUGAGUGUUUUGUCAAGGUGCCCCGUGAUGAUAAAAAACCCGGUAAGGGCAGCUACUGGACCUUGGACCCGGACUCUUACAACAUGUUCGAGAACGGGAGCUUCCUGAGGAGGAGGCGGCGGUUCAAAAAGAAGGACGCGAUAAAGGAGAAGGAAGAGCGGCUGCAGAAGGAGGUGCCCCCGCGGCAGCAGCAGCAGCAGGGCCGGGAGCAGGAGCAGGCGGUGCAGGGCUCCCAGCCCGUCCGGAUCCAGGAUAUUAAGACCGAGAACGGCACGGUCACGCCGCCGCAGGCCGACUCGCCCUCCCUCAGCACCGUCCCCAAAAUCGAGAGCCCGGACAGCAGCAGCAGCAUGUCCAGCGGGAGCCCUCACAGCAGCAUCCCGUCCAGCAGGUCCAUCGGCCUGGACAGCUCCGACCACCACCAGCACCACGGCCAGGCCUCCACGCAGGGCUUCAGCGUGGACAACAUCAUGACCUCCCUCCGGGGAUCCCCGCAGGGAGCCACCGAGCUCGGCCCCGGCCUCACCGCCUCCAGCAGGACAGGUAUAGCACCGUCUUUGUCCUUAAACUACUCCCCGAGUCAGACGUCCGUCUACAGCUCGCCCUGUAACCAAAACUCCAUCUCCACUACCUCCAAUGCCACCUAUCAUUGCAACAUGCAAGCCAUGAGCCUUUACGCCGGGGACAGAUCGAGCCACUUGGCACCGAACACCACCGUGGACGAAACGUUGCCAGAUUACUCGGUCACGACCACCUCAUCCUCCCUGACCCACGCCAAUCUGAACUCCGGCCAGGAGGGCCACCACCCCCACCAGGGGAGGCUGGCCUCGUGGUACCUCAACCAGGCCGGAGACCUGGGCCACCUGGGCGCAACGUACCCGGCACAGCAGCAGAACUUCCACUCAGUCCGAGAGAUGUUCGAAUCCCAAAGAAUUGGCUUGAAUAACUCGCCGGUGAAUGGGAAUAACAGCUGUCAAAUGUCAUUCCCACCGAGCCAGUCCAUCUAUCGCACUUCGGGAGCUUUCGUAUAUGACUGCAGCAAGUUCUGA